GCGCCGGGCCGGCCGGCUCGGCCCGCCGCCUCAGCCCCGCCGCCAUCUUCCUCAGCUCCCGCGCUGCCUUCCGGGGACUGCGGGCCGCCUCACUUCCGGUCAGCUCCGGGCCUCCCGGGCCUCCCGAAAUGCAGCCCUGGAGAUCACCGCGCGCCACUGUGGGCCGGAGAUGGAGCGAUACAGCCGCUGCGUGGCCGCCCGGCCCGAGACCUGGCAGCGGGAUUGUCACUACCUCAAGAUGAGCAUAGCCCAGUGCACGUCUUCACACACUGGCCGAAGGCUCCAAGCCAAGCUGAAGGCCUGCAUGUUUAUGUACGUGGCGGAUGUCUCCUCCAGCCCUAUCAUAAGGAAGAUCCGCCAGGAAUGCGCGGGACCAUUUGAGGCGUUUGAGCGCUGCAUGCAGCAGAACCCGACCGCCGUGGACAACUGCACUGACCAUGUGAACCGUUUCCUGCUCUGUGCCGACCAGGUCAAACAGACUGACUGACUGAGGUCCUUCUUGUUCUUCUCCCCUGUUCCCAGACUCCUGACUGCCCUGUGGACUGAAGAAAUGCUGCCGUUGUGCCUUCGCCCCUGUCUGGGCAUUGAGGUUUGUGGAAAGGGAAGAGGAGGCAGCUCCUCAAUUUUCCUUCCCACCCCUCUCCCCACCAGGCUGUCCUGCUGCUAUAUAAACUUGACUCCACCUCCCCCUAAUAAAAAUAGUU